CCCCACAUUAUCUCUAAACCAUUAGCAACCAUGUAAUAGCAUAGCAUCCCCAAUUUCACCCUCUCAUGGCCAUGUCCACGCUCCUCUCCCUGUCCGUGUCUAUCCACCCACCAAAACCUUUGCAAAAACCCAAUUCAAUGUGUGCCCAACCUAACUCUAUUUCGAGAAGACAAGUGUUUUUCACUGGUUCUAAUUUAUUGCUCUCUCAAUUAAUUCCAAAAUCCGACGCCCAAACCAAUUCCAAUAAUUUUCUUUCAGGUAUUGCCAAUACUAAGUCUUGGUUCCAAUUCUAUGGCGACGGCUUUUCUAUUCGUGUUCCACCGGAAUUUCAGGACCUCACUGAGCCGGAGGAUUAUAAUGCUGGCCUAUCACUAUAUGGAGAUAAGGCUAAGCCCAAAAAAUUUGCAGCACGUUUUGCUUCUUCUGAUGGAUCCGAAGUUUUAAGUGUCAUAAUUCGUCCAUCCAAUCAGCUGAAGAUCACUUUCUUAGAGGCUAAAGAUAUUACUGAUUUAGGUUCACUUAAGGAGGCAGCAAAAAUAUUUGUUCCAGCUGGCUCAACACUAUAUUCUGUCCGCACAAUAAAAAUUAAAGAAGAUGAGGGUUUCAGGACAUACUAUUUUUAUGAAUUUGUGAGAGAUGAGCAACACGUUGCAUUAGUGGCUGCUGUUAACAGUGGAAAGGCCGUCAUUGCUGGUGCCACGGCCCCCGAAAGCAAAUGGGCCGAGGAUGGUUUGAAGCUCCGAUCUGCUGCAGUAUCAAUGACAAUUCUAUAAGCAGAAUCAGGAUGUUUAUAGUGAAUGUUGAAUAUUUAUAGUUGCCUUUGCUGAAUUCUUUAGCGAUGAAGUCAACAUCCAUGAGCUGACUACCUCGCACAAGAUUUGCAACACUAUUAUGGAAGUACGGUCUCGACAAGGUCAAAGUGGAAUAUGUUAGUGAUAGCGAUGAUCUAUUAAAACUGAAGACUUAUUUCACUCCACAACAACAAGAUGACUUGGUUCAUAUAGAUUAGAGAUAAUGUAUUGAUUCACAUACAACUUUUGAUGUUUAUUGUUUUUAAGAUACAUUAACUAAUAUUUUGGAGGGUUUGUUAUUUUUCAA